UGACAUUUAUAGUAAAAAAAUUGAGAUACAGCCGGGAAACAAGAGAAAAAAAAUAGUGAUUAUUAAAAAAUAGGUGCUAAAUGGGAUAUUUGGUGUUUAAAUUUUGUUAAAUUGAUAAGAAAUUAACACAGAAAGCAUUAGUGAAAAUGUUAGAUAUCAUAAAAUAGAGGUCGAUACAGAAGCUCAUUAAUACGAUAGACAAGUAAUGUGUUUUCCAUAAACUACCAAAUAUAUCAAUCUUACUUUUUAUUUUGUAACUCAUCUAAGGUUAAGUGAACUACUUAGAACUGAUCUGCUCAAUACCUGGGCAAAUUUUAAAAAUCCUUAAAAAAAAGAUAGCAACAUUCCGGCAAUUUUAUUAAACAGAAAAUACUUGCACAUGGAGAAGUUCACAACUUGCAUUUAUAAAUUCCUGUGGCAGUUGCUGCACAACAUUAUCUCUCUGUAUGAAUUUUGUUUGUGGUUGCGUUUACGUAUAAUUGCUUUUACUCUGUGGUCAUAUGAUCUCUGCCGUUCACAAGCAGAACGAGAACAGAAUGAAAACGAUUUUCUGCAACAAUGUAAAAAACAUUUAAACAAAAUACCAAAACAUUUAAAUCUUAUCAUUGGUCCAGAGAACACACAAGUAAACGAUGAACUACUAACGCGUAUAUUUUCCUAUGCCCUAUACAUGAAUAUAAAUUGCAUCAGCUAUUAUGAUACACGUUACACGAAUCCCAAAAACUCAUCGAAAACUCACUUAACUGUUUUGGAAAAGCUAAAUUGCCCUAAAGGCUGGAAGCGAAAAAAUUUAGAUAUACAUCAUGCCGUUUGGUAUGUUUGUAAAGACGAAACCUCGAAUGGCAUUAAGCCUCAAAUGAAUGGUGUUAAUGGAAUCAGUAAGCCGUCUAAGUCAUCAGUAACAAAUGGGCAUUUGCCCAACUCCUCAAUAUCUGAAUUGGAAAAAACUUCAUUAGAGAUCUAUGAAAUCCGACCACAAAAUAAUCGCUCGCUUAUAGCGCAAAUAUGUCGGGAUCUCUUCAAACAAAGACACACUACAGAAAUUCAAAAUCUCCUAAAAGAAAGAACAUCACUUACGGAACGUCUGAGUCAGGAACUCUCGCAACAUCUUGGGAACUUAACAGAGCCUGAAUUAAGUAUUAUAUUUGAUGAAAACGUAUGUACAUUUGGUAUGUUACCAUGGCACACCCGUUUCACUGAAUUCCACCAACAUGCCAAUGGCCAACACUUUGACGUCAAAACCUUUGCCCAUAUACUAUACAGAUACUCACGCGUUGAACAAAGAUGGGGAAAAUAGUUAAUAUUAUAAAUAUUUUUUAUACCUCGUUUCUUAACGGAUGUUUGGGAGGGAAUAAUGUGCCGGGUUUUAAGGCUUACUUAUUGGUUUUUAAAACUAUAUGAUUCUAUAAUAUUAAUUAUAUGUAUAUAAAGGAGUUUAUAAAUGUGAGUUUUUUUUUUAAGUUAAGUGCAAGAGAUAUUCACUAUAAAUAAUAAAUGACUUAAGUUAAGUUCAAUAUUUAUGUUAGCAAAUUGUAAUUAAAAAAAAAAUGAAAUGAAAAACCAACAAAAGUGAAACUGUUGUUCAUACUAAAACAAUUUCGUAAAAUAAAUAAUAAAAUUAAUUGUUAAGUUAAAUUAUGCCGAAUACAAAA